AUGAUGGGGUAUGCACAUUUGAUCUUCCUAUGCAUCUUCUCAGUUCCUGUGACAUCUGAAAUGUUUGAUACAAUGGAAGGUGAGGCUUUUGUUAUAAGAUGCCCGCGAUGGAGGUCAGCUGUGAAGGUCAGCUGGUAUCACACAGAUACUAACAAAAUGAUUCCUGCAGAAGAGGAAGGAUCACAAAUAUUUUCCUUGCAACGAUUUCUUUGGUUUCUGCCAACUUCUAGAAAGGAUUCUGGAAACUACACCUGUGUUACACAUUUUUCAGAUAAUCGCACAAAUUCAUUCAACGUGAGUGUGCAGGUGCACCCAUUCAAGCAAGGAAUGUGUUUCCCAAGUCAGAUUCGUUAUCCAAAUGACACUGGAACUGGAAAAAUCGUUUGUCCUACAAUUGACAAUUACAAGAAUGCUACUAUCAUCCAGUGGUACAAGGACUGCAAACCUCUUCAGGGACAGAGAUACUUCAAGAGAGGAAAAUACAUUUUUUUUAACAACCCAGGAAAGGAGGAUGAUGGUUAUUAUACCUGUCAAUUUACCUACACUCAUAAAGGAAAUGUGUUUAAUGUAUCAGCAACAAGGAUUUUCAUAAGUAAGGAAAAACCCUCACCUUUACCUCUUCAAAUUUUAUUUCCAAAGGAUAAAGAUGUAGUACAAGUGGAGCUUGGUGAUGCUUUGUCUCUGAAAUGUAAGGCCCGCCUGGGGAUUAGGAAACAGCCAAUAGCUUUUGUCACAUGGGAUAUAGAUAACAACCCAGUGAAGCAUUUGAAUUUGUCAAGAUUUCAUGAAAAAACUCACUUUUUUGAAGGACGUGAGCAAGUACAUUAUGGAGAGACAACUUUGGAUAUAUCUGAAGUGAAAAAAGAGGAUCUGAAGGCGAAUUUCACAUGUGUAGUGGGGAAUGAAAGGCACAACACAAGAGCCACAGUAACAUUAGAACUCAAAGCACAGUGUGAAGUGGGUCUCCCUAACAUCCUCUUGAUCACAGGAUCUCUAGUUCUACUACUCACAAUAGCAGUGUCUGUUAUACUUUAUCAGUCCUUCCGAGUGGAUAUCGUCCUGUUGUAUCGGGAGAUAUUUCAGCCUUAUUCAGUCAAGGAUGAUGGGAAGAUAUAUGAUGCAUAUGUUAUCUACCCCAAAAGCCACACCAAUGAAGCUGAUUUUGUGGAACAUUUUGUUUACCAAAUCAUGCCAGAUAUUCUAGAAAAUAAAUGUGGAUAUAAACUGUGUAUUUAUGGAAGAGAUAUGCAUCCUGGAGAAGAUACAGCCAGUGCAAUUGAGAAGAGGAUGCAGAAGAGCAGACGGCUAAUUAUCCUUCUAACACACCAGUUGAUCAAUUGUGAAGAACAGGCUUAUGAUCAACACAUUGCUUUGUACAAUGCCCUCAUUCAAAAUGAUACAAAGGUGAUCCUGCUGGAAAUGGAGGCAAUUGGAACUUAUGAGAAGCUUCAGGAAUCUCUUAGGUUUAUUAUUAAGCGGCAAGGUACCAUCAAAUGGAAAGAGCAGCACACUGCACAACCACAGUCAUCCAAUUCUAAGUUCUGGAAACAGGUGAGGUAUCAUAUGCCACUGAGACGCAAGUCCUCACACUCAACUGAUGCUGGGUGAAUGUCUAUGAAAAUACCAUUACACUACCUGGAUGGACUACAUGCCUGCAGCUCUUUUUCCUUUUACUAGGUACACGAUUUUGCAGUCUGGAAUUUUAGCUGCAUUUUUGAACUGUUUUCAGUCCUUCAAUUAAGCAGCAAUAAGGUGAACUAAUGGAAUAGGUCUGGGGAAAUAUGGGUAGUUUUUAUGGUAUGGGAGUUCAGGAUAUAAAUCAUUCUAGGCUGUGUGCAGAAUUUUGCAUGUCAAAGGAAACAAAAUGUAACUAUGCACUUCCCAUAUGUAGCUGUACAUAUAACUAAUAGUUAUGAUUCUGAAGAGCUCAGUGCCCAUGUUUCACCUUUCUAAUGCCACUGAUAAAACAGAAAUGCUUUCCCUACUAUUUGACUAAAAAGUAUAAUGUGCAUUAUAAAACUAUAAUGUUGUGCUUCUGAUUAUUUUUUCCCUCGUUUGUUCCAUUUUAAUUCAACUAACUCCAUGAGAAAUUGAUUUUUCCUUAGCAUGGAUGUCUCAGUAAAGGCUCUUUUGAGACUAGUGUGAAUAUAGUAUUAAAAAAAAAAAGAGCAAUGUUAAGGGAAAUAAAUACACUAACAAUAUUUAUAUGCAUUUUCUCCUAUCAUAUGUAUAUAAAAGAAUGUCACACAAAGGGGAAUUUUAAAUCUUUCAAGUACAACAGACCAUGUUGUUAUUCUUGCCAUGAUUUCCAUGGAGAUAUAAUAUUUUA